AUGCGAACUCGAUCGAGUCGAACAACUGAAGACUUGGUCGAGCUAGAUUUCACCACGGGCAGAAAACGAAGUCAGAGGACUCAGAGGGUACUGGCAGAACCAGAGGUGGUAGUUACUGGAGCCAUGAACGAUCCAAAGGGUAAUGGAAACCCUUUGGGUAAUGGAUUCGGUCGAAGUAGGCAGACUCGACCGAUUGGUCUAGGAGAUGCUCCAAACCGCCAUCAACAAAGGCAAGGAAUUGUCCCACCACUUGUCCAGAAUCACAACUUUGUUGUGUGUUUGACAAAGAUCAAUGGUGUCUCUGAAGAUGCCAUGCAGCUGAGACUCUUCCCUAUGUCUCUAGCUGACAAGGCUCACCAAUGGGAAAAGAGUCUACCACAUGGUACCAUCACCACUUGGCAUGAGUGCAAGAAGGCCUCGUCCCACGUCCGGCCGAAUCCUUUGACCAAUAUCAUCCGUCCAGCUGAACCCGACGAACGAACGCGAAAACUCUCGGCCACGAUCGACCUGACGGUGCCGAUAGCCGACCACAACCCGAUAGCCGGCCGAACAUCCCGACCGACCGUCCGAACGGUCUUUUGGAGCAUUCUGGAGCAUAUGGGACGUGAGGAGCAUGGAAGGACUUGGUGCAUGGACGCAGCUCAACUGGAUACGCAAAGGAAGAAGGAGGAAGCCAUCUUGAAGACCAGCUCGACCAUCUACUCGACCAACCGGUCGAGUUCCUCAACUCGACCGGCCAAGCUUCAACUCGAUCGAGCUGAGAAGUCAAAGUCAAACCCGAAAAAUGUUGCUUCCCCCUUGACUUUCCUUUGA